AUGAUGAGCAGCAAGAGACUCCAAAAGGAGCUCCUCAAGGUCCAAGGACAACUGGCUCCGGGCAUCACUCUCGUAUCAGCAGACAACCUCAAGACAUGGCUCAUGGACAUUCAAGUCAUGGAUGCAAACCCGAUCUACCAAGGUGAAACCUACCGCCUAAAAUUCGAGUUUAGUCCAAAUUACCCGAUAGAACCACCCGAAGUCGUCUUUGUCCGCCACCCGGAUCGCCCUAUUCCCAUUCAUCCUCACAUCUACACAAACGGUAUUAUCUGUCUGGAUCUACUUGCUUCUCAGGGAUGGUCGCCAGUGCAGAAUGUGGAAAGUGUCUGUCUCAGCAUUCAGAGCAUGUUGACUGGCAACUCCAAGAAUGAACGUCCGCCUGGUGAUGCCGAGUUUGUCAGAACCAAUCGUCUGCGUCCUCGCGAUGUCAAUUUCCAUUUCCAUGACAACGAGGUUUGA